CACAGACCAGCAAGGACGACCAGGGGGAGUAGCAGUAGCAGUAGGAGACAGACAGAGGCAUGGCUCCAUACAGUGCCCGCAACAAAGUGCCCAAUAUCCAGACACUGGGCAAGGAACUCGCUGAACGGCUCAAUCUACAAAAGCAAGAUGCCUCGAGAGCAGCAGCAGGCAAGGACCAGGAUAAAGUGCAGAAGGCAAAAGACGCCUCUCGCAGAAGGGUAGUCGAUCCAACCACCAAGAAUGAAGUGGUGAUUCAGGAUGUCGAUGGCGACUUUGAAGCAAGUAUCAGGCGACCGCUCAUCACUGUGCCCAAGGCCAAUGUAGACCCAAAGCAGCCGCCGUUGCCGAACAUCCUGCCUGGUGUACCGACGCCGCAUCUGCCAGAGGGCCAUGGUGAGGCGUACAGAGAAACACUCGAUGACUUGGCACCACCGGAAGCCAAUCCAGACAAGACGGAUGAUUAUCUGCAUCACUCAAAGAACAUCCAAGUCAUCUACCACCCACUUCCUGUUGCAGACCUCAAGGCAUCCUUCUACGCCCUCGAAUCAGCCAUCAAUCAAGCGUCUGUUGCUAUUGUCGUUGGUAUUGUUGUUUUGAAUUGGCUCUUUGUGAGCAGAGGCUUCAAAGGUCUCUUCGCGUCCAUCUUUGCCGGUGUCAUCAUUGCAUGCGGCGUACAUCUAUGGCUUCGCAAAAUACAGGAAGACGCCAAUGCCCUCAACUGGGAAUCUGAACGUCAACGCGCCGAAGCAGCCACAGAAUCACUUGUGCCUGAAUCCGUUGAAUGGAUGAAUAGCCUUGUUGGUAUCAUCUGGAAACUCAUCAACCCAGAAAUGUUCGCAGCCAUGGCAGAUACGCUUGAAGAUGUCAUGCAAGCAUCUGUUCCGCCGUCUAUCGUUCAGAAUGUCCGCGUAAGUUCUAUCGGACAGGGCGUGGUGCCAUUCAAGAUUCUCUCAUUGCGCGCACUGCCCAGUGCUGAUGAGGAUGAUGGUCAUGGCAAGUCCAAAGCCAAUGGCACAGAACUCUCACCUGAGGAAAAAGCCAAGAAGAAGGAGGAGCGUGAAUUGGAGGGCGAAGACGAUGACAGUAAUCGCUACUACAACCUUGAAGCUUCUUUUGCUUACAAAGCUGCGCCUGCAAAGGGAGUCAUUGGUAAAGCUAUGAAUAUGCAUCUCGAGCUCGUCUUCUACUUGGGUAUCAAGGGACUCUUUGAUGUGCCAUUGCCCGUCUUUGUGGAACUCAAUGGCAUCAUUGGUACAGUACGUCUUCGCUUUCAGUUGACACCCAACCCGCCAUUCCUCAAGAAUUUGACCUUCACAUUCAUGGGAUUACCCAAAAUUGAUGCAUCUGCGGUUCCCAUGACGAGUAAAGGAAUCAAUGUUCUCGAUUUACCCCUCAUCUCUGGUUUUGUCAACUCUUCCAUUGCAGCUGCUCUUGAUGAAUACGUGGCACCCAAAUCACUCAUCAUGGACAUGUCCAAAAUCCUACAAGGCGAUGCCGUCAAGAAGGAAACCGACGCCAUUGGUGUCCUCUACAUUCGCAUCAAAAACGCAGAAGGUAUCUCUGCUCAAGACCGAAGCGGCAAGAGUGAUCCAUUCAUUACUCUGGCCUACAGCCAAUACGGUUCACCACAGUACUGUACACGCAUCAUUGAGCAGGAAUUGAAUCCUUCGUGGAAUGAACAGACGUGUCUGCUAGUCUACCAAGAACAGUUGACUGCUGGCGAGAAGCUUUCUGUUGAAUUGUGGGACUCUGACAAGAUUACCUCUGAUGAUGUCGUUGGUAAAGUGAGCUUUGAUUUGCGUCAACUCAUCAAGGAGGAUAGUGGUAAAAUCAUGUCACGCUCAGACGAGCUGAAGGAUGAAAAGGGUGAAGUCUUGCCGGGCAAACUCAACUGGGAUAUCGGCUACUUCUGCAAGUCCGAUUGGAAGAACUCCAUGAAGUCAGAUGGCAAGGAUACAGCACUCGCAAAAGAGUUGCGCGAUCACCCAGAUUUGCAAGAUGAUAAAGGUGUUGUGGUGACGGAAGAUGAAAAGGCCAUUACAACAACACCCCCAGACCCAACACUACCAACAGGCAUCUGCUCAGUUUUGAUUCAUCAAAUUGAUAAUCUCGAGGUACACCGUCCAUCAGGCUCAUUUGGGUCCUAUGAACCUUGGACACCUGCUCAAAUCACGGGCGAGAAUACCGAUGAAGAAGGUGAUCGUCUUCCCUCCAGCUACUGCACUGUCCUCUGCAACGAUCAACUCGUCUUUCGCACACGCACAAAAGUCUCUUCGUCAGCCCCUAUUUUCAAUGCUCAAACUGAACGAUUCAUUCGAGAUUGGCGAAAUGCCGUCAUUACUGUGUCUGCUAGGAAUGCUCAGAAUCGCGAACACGAUGCACUGCUUGGGUCUGUUACGUUGAAGCUUAGUGAGAUUCUUCGAAACAGCUCACAGUCAACAGGGAUUUACAGUCUGGAUGGUGGUAUGGGAUAUGGUCGAAUUACCAUCUCUCUCCUCUUCCGAUCAGUGGAUCUUAGACUUCCACCAAACUUGUUGGGUUGGGAUAUUGGAUCGUUGGAGGUUCUUGGCGAUGCUGUCAAUGUCUCGGAUGAUGGUGCUGGGUAUUUGAGCAAGACGCGUAUUGCAGUGCAUUCGGAUGUUGCCAAACGUAUCAUUCACCGGCACUGGAUCAAUCCAAAUAGUCCACACAACGGUACUACCUGGGACUUGAAGCGUAUCAAGCAGCAUGAUCAAGGCGGUGAUGGGUUGGAUCUACAGAAACGUCGCGUCAUGGUACCAGUUCGAGAACGCUACAAGUCACCUAUGCGUGUCGAGUUCUUCUCCGAGGGUCAUCGCAAACCGAUUGCGUAUGCCAUCUACUGGCUCACAGACCUUGUGGACAAUCAAGAAACAGUGCUUGAGAUUCCAAUCCACAAGACACCCAUGCCAAAGCAAAUGACGCAGAAUUAUAUCGCCAACAUUGAAGCAGAUAAGAAUGUCGCUACGGAACGCUGUGGUACGCUCCGCAUGACUGUUCGAUUCAAGAUGGGUUUGGAUGAGUCGCAUGGUGAGUAUAUGCGUGGUAAUGAUGAUCGCGAAACAAUGGAGACGUGGGAGUCUGUCAUUGCAGAGGGUACACGCACACGCAUCGUCAAGCGAGAAUUACCGGAUGUUGUGAAACAAAUGGUCAAGGAUGGGAAGGUCAAGGAUAAUGCCGAUGCUGAGGAUGACACGGAUGCUGCUUCUUUGGCGGAUGCAGAGCAAGAUGAGGAGGAAGAUGAGGACGUUGAUAUCGUUCGUGUGCCUCGCAACAAGCCUGGUUAUGAAAAGGAGAUUGACGACUACCAUGCAACAGACUCAGGUGCGCAGUGGGAACAGAUGUUUGGCGGUGAGUUGUCCAAGUACACAUCGACCCCCUCACAAUCGAUCCAUGAAGAUGACGAAGACUUGAGACUUCAGGAAGAUGUCACAGAUUCGGAAAUCGACGAUGAAGACCUCAAGAAGCGUCGACAACGUCAAGACAAGCGCGCACAAAAACAUGAGUUGCAGCGCAAGCACCGUGGACUGCAGGGGAUCAAGGCAGUUCGCAACUUGAAAUUCUUGAAGGAUGAGACAAAGGUGCUUGGUUACAAGAUCAAAAACCGCUUCAGCAUGAAAGGUCGUGAGCCAGGCGUCGAGACGGAGCUGUAG